AUGAGGCCCACCAGCUAUUUGAUCCUGAUGGUGUUUCUCCUUUUUGUGACUCUGGUGAUGGGGGAAAGAAAUAGAGAGAAAAAAGAGAAGUCAGGGGUUUGCCCAUUCGAGUCUAGAAUCUGUUACCGAUCUGAUAUACCCCGGUGUGGCCAAGACCAGCACUGCUUACGGAAUAAGAAGUGCUGCUAUGUGGAGUGUGGCUUUCGGUGUGUGAUCCCUUUGAAGAAGACGAUAAAAGGUGAGGCCCUUGCACCUCUGUGA